AUGCCACCGCGAAAAGUGAUGAAUAUAGCUGAGAAGCCGUCGGUGCAGCGCGGAAUCACGCAGCACCUGGCUCGAGGCGUAAACAUCAAUCGGCGCCGCGUAGGCCAGGGAAAUAAUGGCGUGAAUGUGGACGAAUUCAUGUACACUAUCAACGGCGAGCAGGUUGAGAUGAAGGUUUCAGCUGUGCGAGGACACCUGAUGCAGAUCGUACUUGUUCUUGAUGAUAGUAGAAAAAUGACGAGGUCGCGGCGUCAGCCUCAUGAGGUUCUUGCCAUUUUCUUAGAAACGUCAACAAUACUACAGAAAAAUGUACUUACAUGAUUUUGCCAUUGUUUAUCUGUUAAACCGUUCUUGCUGUACUAGAAGGUCAUCUCAUUAUUGUUCUUGUUGUUUCACGACGACGACCUUGUCGUAAUCUACUCUACCAGGAUUUUCCAGAGAACUGUCGUAGUUGGCAAGGGGUUCCUCCGGAGACGCUUUACUCACAGCCGAUACGAAAAUUCGUGCCGAACGACAUGUUGCCCUUGAAGCGCAUGAUUGAGACGCUGGCUGGAGAAUGCCAGGUCAUCGUCCUGUGGUUAGAUUGCGACAGAGAAGGCGAAGCGAUUGGAUUCGAAGUCUUAGAGGUCGCACUAGGUAGAAAUCCUCGCUUGAUGGUGAAGAGAGCGGUGUUUUCCGCGUUAACGCACCAAGACAUCACACGGGCAGUACAGAACCUUCGGGAUCCGAACAGAAACUUUAUGUUGGGCUUUGGUGGCACUUGGCAAUAAUUUUUACAACAAUCAAAAUUAAAGAUAGAUUGUUCGAACGUCGUGAUUGUGAACGCCAAGGGUGUGAUGAGAUUCACUUUCCCAUACAACUACUGAUAACCUUUUGUCCUCUCCUAAAAAUCCUCCCUGCUUAACUUUUUGAUUUUGUCCUCUUCUUUCGAUCAUCUUCAUGUUUCAUUUGCAUAUCGGACGCCGUGGAGGCGCGGACAGAGGUGGACUUGCGGAUCGGCGCAAGCUUUACGCGCUUCAUGUGCCUUAGAUACCAGAGACGUUUUCCCGAUCUCGCGCGCCAGCUGUUGAGCUACGGACCUUGCCAGUUUCCUACACUGGGCUUUGUCGUCAAGCGGUACCAGGAGAUUCGGAAUUUCAUUCCCGAACCUUUUUGGGGAAUCAAACUGCAAGUGGAUGCGAGUACAGUGUUACAGCAGCAGCCUGGAGGAGGUAGAGGAAUUUUCGUUCCUGCGCCCGGUUUUUCUGGAGGACCAGGUGGACUCUAUGGCGGGCUUCAUCAUGGUGCUUCUACGAAUACGUCGUAUGGAGGACAAACUGCUGGUGGAGCGACAGCAAUGACGCCAGCAGCCACAACUACGCCACCUCUAGUGGUGGACUUCACCUGGCAGCGAGGACGGCUUUUCGAUCGCUUGGCGGUGUUGAAUUUUUUCGAAGAGUGCGUUGCGAAUCGAGAGAAUGUUGUGGUCACAUCAACAGAUACGCGCGAAGUGUCACAUUGGCGGCCCAUUCCUCUAGCAACUAUCGAGCUGACGAAAAAGUGUUCGACCUACUUCGGCAUCCCUUCGUCACAGACCAUGAAACUCGCCGAAGAGCUGUACCAGGCGGGCUUCAUCUCCUAUCCCCGCACAGAGACGGAAAAAUUUCAUCCUAGUAUCAACUUGCGAGAUUUAGCGCAGGAACACAUGAACCAUGCUGCGUGGGGUGGUUACGUGCAGAAUGUGCUGUUUGGCGCUGGAGGUGGCGGUGGAACUUUUCAUUAUGAAAGGACUAUCUACUACCUGUAAUGAAAUUUCUGUCGAAGCUGUAUGUUGUUAAAAAAUGAUGUAGUGGAUUUGUAUUUGAGUUACAAGUUCUGAAGAGGCAGAGGCAGAGCGUCGCCGGGUGAUUUACUAGUACUGCUUAUGAAUGAAUCGCUUCAACAUCUUCUCAAGCUCAACAUGCUUGUUGAAGAUGUCACAACCAGCAACAACAGAAAGAACCGCUCAGCUCUUCUCUAACUUUUGAAUGCACGACAAGGCCAGAAGGACGACCAGGCACAUCCUCCAAUCCAUCCGGUGAAGAGCCUUUCGGAAGGCGAACAAGGAGUGGCUGGGCGAAAAUGGAGUGUCUACGAACUGAUCGCUCGGCAUUUUUUAGCCUGCGUCUCAGCAGAUGCGAAAGGCGAGAAGAAUGAAGUUCAAGUCAAUUGCGGGGACGAAAUUUUUACUGCAAGCGGUCUGCGCGUAACCCAGAGAGGGUUCCUGGAAGUCUACCCGUAGUAUGGCGAAUGUUUGCUUUCUUUCGUGUUGCAGAUUCACAUUUAGUGAUCCAUCUUCAUAUUAAUGACUCCGCUUAGUUUUGAUAUAAUAACAACCAUCUUCUGCAUCUCCUGAUCAUCAUAAUCUAGUACUGCAGCUUUCUCUCCCCUGUACUGGUGCUCCACCUCUAUUGAUCUCCUGUCUACUCCAACAGUUGGUAGCUAUCAGUAUCACAGGCGUUCAUAUUUUCGAUCGUUGGGGUCGCAACGAUACGAUGCUACCGCCGUUUGCGGUUGGCGAGGUUCGGAGGGCGUCGCAGUUAGAAAUGACAAGCGGAACGACGCAGCCACCGGAACUACUAACUGAGGCCGAGCUCAUCGGCUUGAUGGACAAGAACGAAAUCGGUACAGAUGCUACUAUGGCCACGCAUAUUCAAACGAUCCAAGACCGAAGCUACUCCACGCUUAACGCAGACCGCCGCUUCGCUCCCACCACACUGGGACUAGCACUCGUCGAAGGUUACCAGGAUUAAGGCCUCAGAAGUUAAUCCACCAUCUUUAUCUUAUUUAUUUGGCUCAUCAUCUUCAUCUUCAUCUGUAACAAGAGUUGUGGACACAGCAGGUGGUGAGGCAUAAGAAGAUGUUGUUGGAUUGUAGUGAGUUCUUCUAAAAGGAUUUUGCGACGCUCGUUUCUGGUUACGACAUAUCGCGACCCCAGCUGCGUGCAACGAUGGAGAGCGAGAUGGACCAGAUAGCCAGAGGAAACAAGGCGAAAGCUGACUUUCUUCAGCAGUGCUUGGCGCAUAUGCAUCGACUAUUUGUGCAAGUGAACCAGCAACCGCAAACGCUCGACUCGCGGUUAGGCAGCUAUUUUCCAGAUGUCAUGGGUAACUACGCUGCCGGAGGAGGAGGUCCAAAUGGACCAGGUGGAGGUGCACCAGGUGGACCAGGUGGAGGUGGACCAGGUGGAGGUGGACCAGGUGGAGGUGGACCAGGUGGAGGUGGACCAGGUGGAGGUGGACCAGGUGGAGGUGGACCAG